UAUGUGACCCAGUAAUGGGAGACAAUGGAAAACUGUACGUGCCCAAAGAGCUGAUUCCGAUCUACCAGCAAUUCAUCCUGCCCAUUGCAACUAUUUUAACGCCGAACCUGUUUGAAAUUGAGCUGCUGACCGACAUUAAAAUCACACGCGAGGAGGAUAUUUGGGAGGCAAUCGCGGCACUGCAUAGUAAGGGAAUCGAGACCGUUUGCGUCUCAUCUGCAGAACUUCCUGCUUGUGCCGAUAAGUUGUACAUCUUUGCCAGUUCAAGAAAAGGUGCCCCAGUGAAACUGAAAUUGCAAAUACCGAAACUGCCGGCCAGUUUCACGGGUUCAGGUGAUCUGUUCAGCGCCUUGACUCUCUGUUUAAUGCAGCAAACAGGAUCCGACCUGAAACUGUCGUUGGAAAAAACCGUGGCCACUUUGCAGGCUGUGCUCAAGCGGACUUUAGAAUUCGCUAAAGGUAAAGAAGUGAAUCCGAGAAACAUGGAGCUCAGAUUAAUCCAGAGUCGGGAUGACAUUCUGAACCCAAAAGUGCUGCUCACAGCCACUGUAAUCGAUGGUAGUUAGUAGCUGGACAUAGAAACUCCUUUCUCGUAGUAAGAGGGUGAACACUUUGCAAUAGUUAAGUAGAACCCACCUCUGUCUUCCACGUUGUGAUCGCACAUGACAAUAAAACAAUAAGGGUCA